CAAAAUAUGCCUACAACUUGCCGCUAAAUAAUGUAUAAAUUAUCCAAAAUAAUUCAUGUGUAAACAUUCAAAUGAACUAAUUUUCCAUUACGGUACACAGCAGACGGAACAUAGUGGCAAUGCGGUAUUUACUUAGCUUAUGCAACCGUAACCGAUACAGAUUUGAUGACAAUUUUCCCACACGCUAUCAUAGAUCACAUAUAGGUACGGCUUGUAGAAGAGACUCUCCUGAGUACUGAGCGAUUGUAGACUGCUUUUUCCGCAUUGACAAAAUAGUAUUACACACAAUAACUUGCUUGUACUUGUGUACUUACAAGAUUAACCUGCCGUAAGAUGCUACUUAUUCUUGAGAUGUCAGCUCAACAUACUUCCGUGACAAUUCAUAGAGAAACGGCACUGGCAUGAUCAAAUAGAAAAGCUGCCCCAACCACCGGAUAUGGUGCACUGUGGACAAUACGCCCAAAGAAUAGAAUUAGAUGAUAGGUACUAACUGUCGCGCAGCUGAUUCUUUUUUUUUGUGUCGUUUGCGCUAAUCUCCACAUACGGCAUUGAAUGGCGAAGUGUUCACACGCGUGUUCAGUGUUUGGUAUGGGACGACCGUUAUCGGGUGGGCAUUCUCAAAGGGCGUCUAUUGUUUGGGAGAGUAAUUUUCGGUAGUUCCGGCGCGCGGUGGCUUAAUUUUCACUGAGCUGGUGUUAAUCUGGAAAACGUGCGUUGAAAAUUUGGUACGAUAGGAUAUGAUAGUCGCAUGGGUUUGCGACACACGCCCAGCAAGAAAACGCUUCUUCGAUUUGUUUAUACCUUGUAACAUGUAGAAGGUGUCUAGCCAACGAUAAAGUAAUUAUUAAAAGGGCAUCAGGUGAAUGAAACGUUUCCAGUUACACAACAGAUGGUUUCGGUUAAGCUGACUUUGUUGCCCUAAAGUGCUAGUUUUCGGAAAUAGUUUAUGAUCAGAACAAAUGGAACGAGACGGUACAAUACACUACUUACUUCAUAACGUCACAAGUAUAAAGGGGUUGUACAACUUCCUGGUGGACGAUUUGGCUGAUCCUAGAACAAGAGAUCUGCCACUGCUGCACAAUCCGCUAUGGAUCAUAGCAUGUAUCGGAUUUUAUUUACUGCUCGUGUUGCGGAUAGUGCCAGCAAUCAUGCAAGACAGGAAGGCAAUGCAGUUAAAAUAUCCGAUAAUCAUUUAUGACAUCUUCCAAAUGCUGGGCAGCGCAUGCUCCAUCUACCUAUUCUAUCGACACGGCUGGACUUUCCAGUAUUUCUACAAAUGCAGAGCACCGGAUUUUUCCAACGAUAGGGAUUCGGUGGGAUUCGUCUAUGCUGCGUAUUUUACGUUCCUGUUGAAGAUGUCAGAACUUGUAGAGACUGUGAUGUACGCAUUGAGAAAGAAGAAUGCACAAAUCAGCCGUUUUCAUGUGUAUCACCACUGUUACGCUCUAGUCACAUCUUGGGGCUUUGCGAAAUAUGGAGGAGGUAGCAUGCUGAGUUACACAAUUAUCGUCAACAGUAUAGUGCACAUUUUCAUGUACGCAUACUAUCUUAGUUCCAUAUUUGCGAAGCAGCUUCCUUUCAGUUUAGUUCCUAUCAAAAAGUUCGUCACACUUCUUCAGAUAACUCAACUAAUAACCGUGCUGAUAAAUUUGGGCUUUGCGAUGAGUCCCGGAUGCCCUGUGCCAGUGGGCCAUUGUAUGUUCCAUGGGCCCAACAUGGCCCUGCAAAUCAAACUGUUUGCAGACUUCUAUUUGCGGACGUACGCGUCGAAGAAAACGACUAAGGAUAAUCUUCUCUCGAACGAGAUAGUUGUAAAUGUUACCAAUAACACGUACAAGCGAAAAUGAAAAAAAGUUUUUGUUGAAGAAUUGCGUAGUGUUUACUGUUGAAAGAAAUGCGGUUAUUCUUUGUUAUCCUUACUGUCGUGAUGGUAGAUACCGUGCAUCCCCGUUCUUUUGACCACUUCUAAUCCGAACACUUUGACUCUCGCUAUUCUGUACAUCUUCCAAUUUAAAAAUUGUUUAAACGUCAUUCUACUUAUGGAACGGGGUGAAAUGUAAAUAAGAAUAAAAAAAGCAAGAAAGAUUACCAGGAGUACGUUUUCCGAUAACGCUGAAAAAUAAAAAC